AAUGGAGCCGUAUCAAUCUCAUCUAUUAAAAAUUCACAUCUCUCGGAACCGAAGAUGACCCAAUUAAGCAGAACAAUGAAGUUAUUCAUGCUUUAUGGUUGUUUAACUCUUGUAUUGCUGGUACAUGGACAAGACCAAUCAGGCUUCAAAAGUAUUGAUUGUGGAAUUUCUGAGGGUUCAGACUACAAGGAUAAAGAAACAACCAUAUUUUAUAUUUCUGAUGCGGGAUACAUAGAUACCGGGACAAAUCGCAUGAUCUCUUCAGAUUAUAUAUCUGCCGAUUCUUACAGGCGGCUGUCGAGCUUGAGAAGUUUUCCCGACGGAAUCAAGAAUUGUUACACCUUUUAUCUAGCGCAAGCUGGAGGUGACAAGUACUUGAUCAGAGCAUCUUUUAAGUACGGUAACUAUGACUCCAAUAAUCAGCCACCAGAAUUUGCACUCUACCUUGAUGGGGAUCAUUGGCAUACAAUCAGGUUUAAAUAUUAUCCAUCAGAUGAUUAUGUACGUGUCGAAAUCAUACACAAUGUUCCUGCAACGACGGCUUAUAUCCAUGUCUGCCUUGUGAAUAUUAGACUUGGAACACCCUUUAUAUCAGCACUUGAACUAAGGCAGUUGAAUAAUUUCAUAUACCAAACGAAUUCUGGAUCAUUGAAACUCUUCAAUCGGAUCGACGUUGGCUCAACUACAAAAAAGACAGUCAGGUACACUGAUGAUGUCUAUGAUCGGAUUUGGUUACCAGAUACCGUUGAUCAGGAGUUUGCAUCAUCUGCAUGGGAAGUGUUCAAUGCAUCUCAUGAUAAAAGCGAUGCCUUGAGCUCCAACGACUACAAACCUCCGUACCCGGUCAUGGCCACCGCCGUCAGACCCGUCAACGGACGUAAUUCGUUGAACUUUUCGGUUGACAUAGAUUAUCCGACACAACAGCUCUACGUGUACAUGCAUUUUGCUGAGAUUGAAACAAUUGCAGCUGACCAAAAAAGAGAAUUCGACAUCUAUAUCAACGAUGAUCCUUGGAUCCUGAAUGUUACUACUGACUUUUUGCAACCAACCACCAACUUUAGCACGUAUGUUCUGGACGCAGAUUUGCGGCAGAUGAAUUUCUCUAUCCGUGCUACCGAGGAGUCCACUCUUCCCCCGAUUCUCAAUGCCUUCGAGCUUUACGAGGUCCUUGAGUUAACAUCUCCGACUCCAACUAACCAAAGUGAAGUUGAGGCCAUCAGGAAUAUCAAAUCGGCAUACGGGGUGGAGAGGAACUGGCAAGGAGAUCCAUGUGUCCCAAUGAAUUACUCAUGGGAUAACCUUCAAUGCAACUAUGAUAGAAAUUCUACUAGAAUCAUUUCACUGAACCUCUCGUCGAGCUCAUUAUCUGGCAACAUGAAUUUUUCCUUCUCCGGUCUCACAUCCUUGGAGUCCUUAGAUUUGUCAAACAACAAUUUAAUUGGACCAGUGCCCGAUUUUCUUAGCGAACUUCCUUCCUUGAAGACUUUAAACUUGUCACGGAAUAAUUUUACAGGUUCAAUUCCACCAGCCCUUGUUGAAAAAUCAAAAAUUGGAUCCCUUACACUGAGUACGGAAGGGAAUCCACAUCUUUGCCAGGUGGACUCAUGUGCUAAGAAGAAAAAUUUUGUUGUACCCACGAUUGCAUCUAUUGCUUCGUGUCUAGUCAUCGUGGCUGUGAUUCUUGCCAUCUGGUGGAGUUUGAAAAGAAGGAAACAACAAGAGGGAAGAACAUUAAAGCCAAAAAACCAAAGAUUCACGUACUCUGAAGUUGUGACUAUCACAAAUAACUUCGAAAGGGUCAUCGGGAAAGGAGGAUUUGGAACAGUCUAUCUUGGACACUUAGAAGACGGCACUGAAGUUGCUGUGAAGAUGUUGUCUCGACCGUUAAGCCAAGGAUCUGAACAAUUCUGGACUGAGGCUGAGCUCUUAACGACCAUUCAUCAUAGGAACGUGGCUUCUCUGAUUGGGUAUUGCGACCAAGGCACAAAUACAGCACUUCUAUACGAGUAUAUGUCUAAUGGGAACUUGAAAGAAUGUUUACUAGACCAAAAUAGGGCUGUUCUAACGUGGAAGCAGAGACUUCAGAUAGCAAUAGAUGCAGCGCAAGCAUUGGAGUAUCUACAUAAUGGUUGCAAGCCACCCAUAAUCCACAGAGACAUCAAGACUACCAACAUCUUAUUGACUGAAAAUUUGCAAGCAAAAGUUGCAGAUUUUGGAUUGUCCAGAAUCUUUCCCGUUGAAGAUGGAAGUCAUGUAUCAACUGGAGUAGUCGGAACAUUUGGAUAUCUUGAUCCGGAGUACUAUAUUACCAGCAGGUUAACUGAGAAAAGCGAUGUUUACAGUUUUGGUGUCGUUCUAUUGGAACUGAUCACAGGCCAACCUGCAGUCAUAAAAAGCGAAGAGAAUCCUGACCACAUAGUCCAAUGGGUUAUGCCGAUGCUUGAAAGAGGGGAAAUUAACAGCAUUGCAGAUCCAAGGUUACAAGGGGAUUUUGACAGUAACUCUGUCUGGAAAGCAUUGGAGACUGCUAUAGCAUGUGUACCAUCAAGGGCCAUUCAAAGGCUAUCCAUGAGUCAAGUAUUAGGGGAACUGAAUGCGUGUUUGGAAAUUUAUCUAGCCAGUGGAGGAACUUUGGAAAUUUCAGAGAGAUCAUGCAGUGGAAUUGAUUAUUCGCGCGAUGCGCUGGAUCUUGAAUCUUCCAUGAGCACUCCACAAGCAAGGUAGAUGGUACACAAGCUAAAUAACUAAAAGAAGAUCCCUUGGUUUCACAAACAAAGAAGUCAACUCCAACUUAUUGAGACUUAAGGCUCGGUUUGGUUUGGUUUGGUUUGGUUUUGUUUGUGUUUUUCUCUUCUUUUUACCGUUAAACUUUUGUGACUUGUUUGCAAUAGUGCCUUGAUCGUUGAGGUCACGAGGAUAAAGUUGUGGCGAUUAAUGUUUGAACUUUUUUCUGAUUAGAGCAAAAUUGCUGGAGAAUUGAAUGCUGGUCCUCCAAACAAUUUGUAAUUGUCUUAAUAGUUGAUAUUUCUGUUAUUACU